AUGGAAGACGGUUCUGUACUUUUAUCAGUCGUUGCAUACUUAUAUGGUAGCGGUUCCUGGACCGACCAUAGACGACAGAUCUACCGUAGCCCGUGGAGAGGCUUAACGGCACGAGACACUACAAGAACAAGACAAACACUGUUUAGUCCACGACCUGGUGAAAGAGUUCACGGAGUUAGCAAUAGUAUUCUUGAUGAUAAGAACAAAACUAUUUCGUUUCGAAUCAAUUCUCAUGAAGCGGCUAGUGAGAACAAUGGAGUAGCUGAAGUUGUUCCAAGAAUUCAUAGAAGCUUCCUCGAAGGCAUGAAAACGUUUAACAAAUCAUGGGGACAGAGCCUUUCAUCCAAUCCUAAUCCUUCUACCGCAACACGACCACAGGAUCAUAGUGCUACAACACUAAAUUCUUAUCAAAGGGAGAAUGCUCGAGUGGCGGAAGGAUCUGACAAUGUUCUGAAGAGGAAGAGAGUAUUAUUGUCUGAUGACUGCAAUAAGUCAAACCAAGAUUUGGAUCUAAGCUUGUCCCUUAAGGUACCUCGGACACACGACAACCUUGGAGAAUGCUUGUUAGAAGAUGAAGAAAAAGAACAUGAUGAUCAUCAAGAUAGCCUGCAGGGUUUGUCUCUUUCAUUAUCUUCGUCAGGUUUAUCAAAACUUGGUCGAACCAUUAGGAAAGAAGAUGAUCAGACUGAGAGAAAGAUUGCGGUCUUGGCAAGUCCCCUUGAUCUCACUUUGUGAAUAUAACAACAUAUAUAUACGUAUAUUCUAAGUGAGAUCUUGAGGUACUUGUUGAUGGAAGACGGUUCUGUACUUUUAUCAGUCGUUGCAUACUUGUGACAGGACCCAUAAUAAAGGAAAUAAUAGACAUUUUUUUAUAACUUUCUUUUUUUUUUUUGUCAUUUUUCCACAUUUAAAUAUAUGUGAAUUGUGAUCGAGUUGGGAGCUAGCAGAGACUUGUUUUCUACUGAAUAAUAACAAGCAAUACAUUAGUGAGUCUA